CUUUCUGCUUCAACGUCCGGAUGACGCGUAGGAUCGAAGGAAGGAUUUUGGAAAGCACAUCUGGGCGGGCGGUCGAGCGCCAUGGACACCGGAUAUGGCUACGGCAAGGACGAAGAUGGCAACGAUGUCUUGACCAAGAUGCGCGAGGAAGAGUUCCCGCACAUGCAAGGCCACGUGUACCUCGAGCACGCCGGCGCGACGAUGUUCAGCGCCCACCAGCUACGAGACCACCAGCAACUUCUACUCACCAACCUGUAUGGUAACCCACACAGUACAUCGGCGCCCUCUGGCAGCGCCGCGGCCGCCGCCGUCGACGAUCUCCGCGCGCGCCUUGCUGCCUUCUUCAAUACGACGCUCGAGACGUACGACAUUGUGUUUACGUCGGGCGCCACGGCCGGUCUCAAGCUCGUCGGCGAAGCCUUCCAGUUUACGAGCCAAAGUGCCUUUGUGUACAGCACCGACUCGCACAACAGCGUGCUUGGCAUCCGUGCGUUCGCCCGCGACGCCGGCGCGGCCGUUGUCGCCCUGCCCACAACCGCCCUGGACGCGCUGGCUGUACCUGCACUCGAGACGAGUUCAUUGCCAAGCAGCAAGGACGCCGACGCCGAUCCUGUGUGGCACUUGUGCGCGUUUCCGGGCGAGUGCAACUUUAGCGGCGCCAAGCACCCGCUGCACCUCGUGUCAGCGAUCCAAGCCAAUGGCCUCGACACGCUCGACAUGGCGCCGUACACGAUUGCAGCCUCGAGUAGCAAGCCCGCACCCCGCGGUCGCUGGCUCGUGCUUCUGGACGCUGCCAAACUCGCUGCGACGGCACCCGUCGACCUGUCAACGCACACGCCGGACUUCAUGGUGCUGUCGUUCUACAAGCUUUUCGGGUACCCGACGGGCCUCGGCGCGCUCUUCAUCAAGAGAAGCAGCCAGCACGCGCUCUCGAAGCGCUACUUUGGCGGCGGCACGCUGGCCACGUCGUUGGCGUCGUCACUGCUGUCGACGCCGCGGCUCGAAAUGCACCGGCAGUUUGCCGACGGCACGCCGUCCUUUCUGAGUCUUCUCGCGUGCCGUUUUGGAUUGGCCAAGCUCGAGACAUUGGGGAUGGCUGCGAUUGGUAAGCACGUCAGUGCACUCACCACGUACCUCGUGCGGGCGCUGACGUCGCUGCGUCACGCCAACGGCCGCGCAGUGUGCGUCCUCUAUGGCGACCACCACCAACCUGAACGGCAUGCCGACCACGGGUCUAUUGUCGCGUGCAAUUUUCUACGAAAUGACGGGAGCGCUGUGGGGUACUCGGAAGUGAACACGCUUGCGUCGUUGCACCAGAUUCAUCUGCGCACCGGCUGCUUUUGCAACCCGGGCGCGUGCCAGCAGUACUUGGGCUUGUCGGCCAACGCUCUCCAGACACACAUUGAGCUCGGACACACGUGCGGUGACGCUAUGGACGUCAUUGCCGGGCAACCGACGGGCGCCGUCCGUGUCUCUGUCGGGUACAUGACCACGCAAGACGACGUUGACGCAUUUCUCUCGUUCCUCUCGACGUACAUUGUCUCGUCGACCUUACCCGCCAUGCUGCAUGAGCCACAUGCGACCCCGCUUGGCGUGCACGUCGCGGCCAUCACGCUCUUCCCGAUCAAGUCGUGCGCAGGUCUCUCCGUGUCGUCGUGGCCGCUCGGGCCGCGCGGUCUCCUCUACGACCGAGAAUGGGCCAUCGUCGACCCCGUCUCGGGCAAGGCGCUUCGGCAAAAGGACGCUGCGCGCCUGACGCAGAUUCAGCCCACCAUCGACUUGACUACGAACGAGCUUGUGAUGCACUGCGGCGCACUCACACCUCUACGACUGCCGCUGACGUAUGCGCCGUCGACGCUGCAGCGUCUCACAGUGUGCGCCACGGCGUGCGACGGCGGCCUCUACGACAGCCUCGUCGCUGCAUGGUGCACCAAGGCGCUCGACCGGCCGUGUACGCUAGCGCGCGUCGCACCGACGUCGACAACGGCCGUUGGCUUUGCCAACGAAGCUCCGUACCUGCUGCUGUCGCGCGGCAGCGUCGCGGAUAUGAAUGGCCGCAUGAAGACACCGGUCUCGGAGGCUGUCUUCCGCGCCAACAUUGUCAUUGACGGCUGCCGCCCGUACGAAGAAGACUCGUGGAAGGUCGUGCGAGUGGGUGACACACGCUUCGAUGUGCUGGGGCCGUGCAGUCGCUGCAGUAUGAUCAACAUUGAUCCGACGACGGGCGCCUUUUCGCCAGCGCCACUUCAGACCCUCGCGAGCUACCGCCGCGAGCGCGCCAAGAUCUUUUUUGGUCAGUUUUUGCGGCAGCAGUCGAAUGCCACCGUGCUGCUUGCUGUCGGCGACCGUGUACUUGGCGAACCCUAACCCUCCCAGACCAAACGCCAAGGCGGAGCAUCUAGUUGGAUAAUCCCUUGUCCAUGCAGUGCAAUUGCGUCUAAUAUCACUGCCAUCAACAUCCUUGCUCAUA